CAAUGGUAGUCUACCGGUUUACCUGCUCCUGUGGAGCUAGGUACAUUGGGCGCACGACCAGAUAUUUGGAAAAGCGAAUCAAGGAACAUUUACCAACGUCACUCGCCACCCAACGAGAGAAAACUCAGUUGAGUGCCAUAACCAACCAUCUGAUCUGCACCAACCAUCUGAUUGAUAAGCGCAAGUCUUUUGAGAUCCUCUAUCGAGUUCCAUCACAACUACACCAUCGGUCAGGAGCUCGGCUACUCGCUACAGCUGAAGCAGUAUGCAUCAGGUUGACAAAACCAAACCUAUGCAUUCAGAAGCAACAUGUACAAGCCUUACAACUACCCUGGCCGGCCAGUAAUGGAGAUGAAUCGGACUUCACUCAUUGGUAUCACAUGCCUUCAGUCACCUGACCACCUGACACGUUACGCUAAGCACUUAAAAUGUUUUGUUCAAUCAAUAGUUACUCCUUGUUUUCCCCUAUGAACUCCGCUUCUAAACGUAUAUUUCUGUACAAAGCCUGAUGAUGAAUAAAUCGAGAACAAUUGUUCGCUUUAAGCGUACCGCUUGCGUUUCUUCUUGCAAUAUAUAAUAAAAAUGUGGGCUUUCUUUGUUAUACUCUAAAAAUAUAAUGGAUCAGAUGUAACAGUGUACGCUAACGCACAUUGUUCAGAUUAUUCUGCAUGGCUGAGGAUAUUCAUUUUCCUAAUCGUCCACUUUUACGAUCAUAGAGGAAGUGCAGAAAAUAGUUCAAUGCUCGCAAACGAUAUAUUUCAUUCAAGCUAGUUCCGAUCCCUGCAUUACUCCAUAUUGGUUUACAUUUGGUCGGAGAUCAAACGAUGCCAAGUAACAAUUGACGGAUUAAUGGGAACCUGCGCGCAACGAAAU